AUGAUAUAUAUACUUUGUUUUAUCAUUAGUGAAACGUAUGCAUUUGAACUUGAUGGACUUCCGGCUUGUGAAAAUGGACCAUUAGAAGAUUCAUCUGAUUUUGCAUUUGUUGAUGAGAUGAAUUGGUUUGAAAUAUUAUUAGGAAUUGCUAUUAUCUUUUUCUCAUUUGUAUGUUUUGUUCCACAGAUAUAUAAAAUCUUAAAAAGAAGAGAUGGGAGUGGAUUAUCUCCUUCUUUUUUACUUAUUCUUGCAUUUAAUCAGGUAUUUGCUGUUAUUAAUGCCACUAUAACAAAUUCACCGACUAUGCAUAGUUGUACUGUUAUUGGAUGGAAAUUAUGUUUACCACCAUUAUUGUCAUAUUUCCAAAUUUGUGAAUUAAUGAUUUUAUGUUACCCAAUGUUUGCUUUAUUCCUUGUCUUUUAUAAAGACAAAAAAGAAAAAGGAUACAAACGUUCACUAAUAUAUUUUAUCUCUGCUUGUAUAUUUUUAGUAUUUUCUAUUAUUUUGAUUUUAACUUGUUUAAAAUUAUGGGGUGAAUGUUCAAAAAUUACUUAUGCUGUUGGAUUUUGUUUUGGAGUUGGUUCGACUGUUACAACAUUGAUAGAAUAUCUCCCUCAAAUUUGGAGGACUUUUAGAACAAAAGAAUGUGGUUCAAUGUCAUUUACUACUAAUUGGGUUACUACUGUUGGUACUGGUAUUAUUACAUUUUAUAUGAUCUUUUCUACUGGUCAACAUUUCACAACAUUAGCUAGUUAUAUUGCAUCAUUAAUUCAACACAUUGUAUUAUGUGCAUUACAAAUUAAAUAUGAUUACAUCGAUAAAUGUACUGUUCCUAUGGCAAAGAAUGAAGUUAAAAAGAAAGUUAAUAUAUUUAGAAAAUUAUUCCAUUUACCAUUAUAUCCUGUAGAAGAGGAAAUGGUGUUUAACCAUCUUCCUCAAGACAAUAGUGAUGAAGAAGGUUGUGAGCUUGUCCAAACAAAUAAAACAGAAUCCCCUUCAAAUAAAUCUCCAUCUCCUUCAACUGGGUCAUCAAAUGAUACUUUUUAUGAUUUAGAUAAGGAAAUAAUAGGAGGUGAUAGUGAAAUUGUUCUUUAA